UUAUUUUCUGCAUAAUUUUAUCAAAGAUUAUGUAAUGUUUUUGUGGGCUAAAAAUGGCACAUGGUGACAUUGUGUCUCCCAUGGCUCCACCACCCUAAUCAGAACCCAAUUCCAGUUUCCUCCAGUACAUCAAAACCCAUGUUGUGGGUCUUUGAGCUUCUUUUGGGUUGGAUGGGAAUUAGAAGCAGCUCUGCUGCUGAAACAAGUACAAUGGAGGUUAAUAGUUCUCCUAUUGAUGGUAAGGCUCAAGAAGCUGUUCUAGAUGAGUUGAUUGAACAGAAUUGGUUCUUUGAGAACUUGUUCAAUAGAACAAGAGAAAAGAAGGUCAUGUUGAGGUGCUAUUCUGAUCCUUCUUCUUGUCCUAAUUCCUCAAAAUGUCCAGAUGGUGGUGCAGAACCUCCUAAGGGUUUGAUCCGCGCACCAUCGUUACCGCCUAAUGUUGGGAGAGAAGAAGGAGGAGGAGUUAAAGAGAAGAAAGGAAGGAAGUUGAUAAGGCAAGCAUCACUUCAAGCAACAACAACAAAUCAAGUGAAGACCAAAGAAAGAGUUAUUGAUCAAGCCAAAAAGGGUGAGGCUAGAAGGAGCGAAUCCUCGCGACAUAGUUUGUUAAGGACACCUUCUCUGCCACACAACGUUGGAAGGACUGAUGUGAUUGAAGAAGAAGAAGACGACGAUGAAAGUGAAUACAGAAUGAGCAAUUUAAUUCAACAAGCACUGCCCCGUCGAAAUACGAUGAAGGUCAUGACACAGAGUGGUACAAAUGGUGCAAAUGAAAUGAGGAAUAGAUUUUUGAUGAAUCAAAAGAAGACAAGGAAGAGCCUAAUUGAGCUCGAAAUCGAGGAAGUGGAAGGAUUCAAGGAAUUAGGGUUCAAUUUUGACGGAGAAGACUUGACACCAGGUGUUGUUAAUUUAGUUCCUGGUUUGAAAGAAAAGAAGAAAGAGCAUUUACACCAAAACAACAAUGUGAGGAGGCCUUACCUUUCUGAGGCAUGGUUUGUGCAAAGUCCUGCACCUCCACCAAUUCCAAACUGCAUUCCAAAGAAAUCAGCAGAUGAUGUGAAGAAACAAAUCAAGUUCUGGGCUCGAGCUGUGGCAUCUCAUGUGCGUUAAGACUGCAGUUUUCCUAAUAAUCUAUAUACAGAAACCGACAUUCAUACAAACUGGUUAUCAUGCUUAAAGCAGAUCAUUUUUUUGCAAUUCCGGAGAUUCUAUUUCUGGGACUGUUGAGUUUAAUGAAAUCAAGAACAAUGAAACAAGUUAUGCCAAUUGAAAUCCUUCUCUCUUCCUUUGUGCUUCAGCAUUAUUUGUUAACUGUUUCCCACAAAUAGAAGCGAAACCUUGGCGCGAAAUAAGUUACAUUACCACGCAAGGUUUGGCACGAAAUAAGUUGCAUUAGCUUAAGUUUACCGCGCAAGGCUUGGCGCGAAUCCUGGGAACCAAACAAGUCAUUUAUGAUCGCUGGAAGGAUCGAUAAACAGGAAAAAAAAUUUCUUUCGAUUCAGUUUAUUAGAGUGAUGUUUUUGGAA